AUGUCUUAUUCUUCCCUCAAAUUGCCAAUCUUUCUCAUUCUCUCGUCUCUUCUCCAUGCCGCUUUAGGGGAAGAAAUUGUUUGCGAGAAUCUGCCAACGAAUAUGUGCGCGUUCUCAAUAUCUGCUUCCGGGAAAAGAUGCUUACUGGAGACCGCUAAUGUCGCCGGAGAAUACACUUGUCGGACUUCCACAGUGGAGGUGGACGGGAUUGUAAACCACGUGGAGAGCGAUGAGUGUGUAGCCGCUUGUGGGGUUGAUCGGAAAACCGUAGGGAUCUCGUCGGACUCAAUGAUGGAGGCUGGCUUCGCCUCUAAGCUUUGCUCGCCGGCUUGUUUGGACUAUUGCCCUAACAUUCUUGAUCUCUAUUUCAAUCUCGCCGCCGGUGAAGGUGCAUUUUUACCUGAUCUGUGCGAUGCUCAACGGAUUAAUCCUCACCGUUCGAUGUUGGAAAUCCUCAGCUCAGGCGCCGCUCCAGGACCUGUCUCCGACGUCGCCCCUGGCCCUGUCUCCGUCUCCAACGUUUUAUCCCCUGCUCUAGCUCCGGCUGCUAUGUAA